AUGAGGCCAUAUCUUUGCGCCCUCGCCGCAGGGCCGCUGUUCGGCACCUUCGUUGGCGCCCUCUUCAUGCCUGAGGAGGCCGCCCAGCAAACACGGGUGUACAUGUCCACGGCCACCAGUAAUAUCUGGGGCAAUGAUGCCGCCUCCGCUCAAAGGUCUCUGGCACUCUUGGCCAACACCAUGGCCAAAUACCAAGCCGUGGUCAUCUACGUCAGCCCUGGUAAUGUGGCAUUCAUGGAGAGUCAGCUGGACAGCGGUGUGCAGAUCGUCGAAUUUCAGGUUGACGAUCUGUGGAUGCGGGACACGAGCUGCAUCUUUGCAUACAGCAACUGCAGUGACUACACGGACUGCAUUGAAAAGUACGGGCAGCCGGUGAACCAUGCAUGGCCAUCUGCUCCUUUGUCUUGUGUAGACUUCAACUUCAACGGAUGGGGAAACAAGCAGGAGCACGCGAACGAUGCCAAGGUAGCUGCCAAUGUAGCUAGCUUCUCGGGAGCAACGUAUGUGAGAUCUAGCUUGGUGAUGGAGGGUGGUUCGGUAGAGGUGGACGGCGAGGGAACCGCCAUCAUCACUCGGAGCUCUGUCGUCAACCCCAAUCGCAAUCCCGGUUGGACGGAGGCUGAUAUUGAAGACGAGCUGUAUACCACAUUGGGUAUCGAGAAGGUGAUCUGGACAGAUGGGAUUGUGGGCAUGGAUAUUACGGAUGCCCACAUCGACUUCUAUGCGCGUUUCACGUCCCCGGGGGUGGUGGUGGCUGCCCGCGAGAACGACCACACCCUCUACGACUACACUGUGACCCGCCAGGUGAUUGCUGACUUGCAGGCUGCCACAGAUGCACGUGGGCGUCAGCUCACCGUCCACAUCCUGGACAAUCCAGAGGUGGUCCGUCCCGAAUGGAGCUCGGGAGCUUCUGCAGCGACCUUCGCAGCUUCCUACAUCAACUAUUACGUGGGCAACGGAGUGGUGGUGGCGCAGAACUUUGGAGACAGCGUCACGGACGCCGCGGCUGUAUCGAAGCUGCGGGAGCUCUACCCCGGAAGGACGGUGGAGAGCCUAGACAUGGACCCCAUCGCUGGUGGGGGUGGAGGGAUCCACUGUGCCACGCAACAGCAGCCUGUAGGGACCACUUCCCGGACACCCGAGACCAGCAACACAAGCAGCAGCAGGAGGAUGACGGUCUCCAGCUUUCUGUUUCGGUCCUUUCUUGCAUCAUGGUUCCUGUAUUUGUGGCCGCGCAAUGUCGCUAGCUACAGAGGCUUCUGA